GAGGAAUCCACUAACUGUAUUUAAUACAAAGGUAUUUUCAGAUAACCAGAAAUCAGAAGACACAAAAACUUUCAUAUUGCAUAAAAGACAAAAUAUUUAAAUAGAGAAUAUAUCCAUCACCGACUCCCAAAACCGAGAAACAACAACUCAAAUCAUACACACUCUAGUCGAUCGAAAACACGUAGCGUUGCCGGCCGCCAUCGUGCCACUGUGGCACUACAGCGGCGCCCUGUCGCCCCUCAGUCGCCCCACACGCGCCAACAAAACCGCACGCUCGUUCUAAAUAUCCUCGCAAAAUGGCCGAAAUUGACGUCGAAGCGCUCAUACAAGCAGUGAGAAAGCGCCCAGCGCUAUACAACAAAAAUGAUCAUAAUUACUUCAGCCAUAAGAAACACAAAGCUAAACUGUGGACUGAAGUUUGUAAAGAUGUGUUCAGCGAUUGGGACGAGUUCAAGCCGCAGAAUAAAGUGGAAUCUGGUCAUGAACUCCAGCGACGGUGGAAGAGCCUCCGAACCUGCUUUUCCAGAGAACUAAAUUUACAGAAAAAGGAGAAAGCGACGGAAAAUCAAGGAAAACGAAGGAAAAAAAGAAAACGAUAUGAGUAUUUCAACAUGAUGUCUUUCCUUCUAGAACCAGGAGAACCAGGUGAAGAAAACGACUUAACUGCAGACACAGACGAUGACUCAUCAGAUCCAUUAGAUACAGUUAAACAUGAACCAAUAGCUUACGAAACAUCAGAUGUUGGUAACUCCUCACGGUGUGAUAUGGAAACUGAAGUGGGCAUCAUAAGACCGGUGUUCGAGAGAAACGAAAAUCCAGAAGAUAAAAUCCUUGAAAUGCUUAAAGAUAUAAAGAAGGACGAAGAAGAUGAAGAUCGCCAGUUUAUGCUGUCAUUAGUGCCGAGUUUUAGGAAGUUACCAGAUAAGAAGAAGUUUGAAGCUAGGAUUGAAAUUUUGAGAGUUUUAAAGGACAUAACAUUUAGGGACGAACCUAAGUAGAUUUGACUUUCAAUCAAACAUACUUACUGUUUUAUUAUUGUUUACGAUUUAUUAAUUAAGUAUUGUUUGUUAUGUUUACUAAGCCUAAUUGAAAAGAGAAAAACCGAAGCUGAUUAUUUUUUAUUAAGUAAUGAACGUAAUAUUAACAGAGGUUGUGAUUACGCUCAAGUUUAACUACAUAGGUAAAUCUCUUAAAAAAAAAUGGGGGUUCCUUGAAAGUGUAAGAUAUUCCUUUUUAUGAAUCAAAGUCGUUUUAUUUUAGGAUGUUUGUAUCGUCAGGUUAUUAAACACAUUUAAUAUAA